AUGGACGCUGAAAAGUUUACAUCUCAAAGCAAGAGCUUUCCCAAGAAGAAGUGCGGUGUGCUCGGCGCGACUGGCUCGGUCGGCCAGCGCUUCAUCCUUCUUCUGGCACUACACCCACACUUUGAACUACACGCUGUUGGAGCAUCUGAGCGGUCAGCUGGCAAGAAGUACAAGGAUGCCGUCAAGUGGAAGCAGGCGCUGCCUUUCUCCGAGCGCAUUGGAGAAUUGGUGGUGAAGAAAUGCACACCUGAAGAGUUCAAGGACUGUGACAUGGUCUUCUCUGGACUCGACAGCGAUGUCGCCGGAGACGUCGAAAUGGCCUUCCUCAAGUCCGAACUGGCCGUCUUCUCCAACGCAAAGAACUACCGCCGUGAUCCUCUCGUACCGCUCGUCGUUCCCACCGUGAACCUCCCACAUCUCGACGUCAUCAAGCACCAGAGACAACAUCACAAGCUGGAGAAGGGCUUCCUUGUCUGCAACUCGAACUGCGCAGUCAUCGGUCUCGUCAUACCGUUCGCAGCACUACAAGCCAAGUUCGGUCCCAUAGAUCAAGUCUCAGUCGUCACAAUGCAGGCCGUAUCUGGCGCUGGCUACCCCGGCGUAAGCAGCAUGGACAUCAUCGACAACGUCGUGCCCUUUAUAUCAGGCGAGGAAGACAAGCUCGAGACGGAGGCAUCCAAGAUCCUCGGCAGCGUCAACGACGACGUCACAGGAUUCGUAGACCAGCCUAUGAAGGUCUCCGCAGCAUGCAACCGCGUACCAGUACUUGACGGACACACUGCAUGCGUAUCGCUACGCUUCCAACGCCGCCCGGCACCCAGCGCGGAGGAGGUCAAGCAGGCAAUGCGCGAGUAUGUGUCUGAUGCGCAAAAAUUGGGUUGCCCAUCAGCGCCUGCAAAGGCUAUUGUGGUCAUGGACGAGGCGGAUAGGCCGCAGCCAAGACUAGAUAGAGAGACAGAUCGGGGAUAUGCUGUUAGUGUAGGUAGGAUAAGGGAGGAUGAGGCGGGCAUCUUUGAUCUCAAGUUCGUCGCACUUAGCCACAACACUGUCAUUGGAGCGGCAGGAUCGUCGAUAUUGAACGCAGAAGCGGCGGUACUGAAGGGCUAUGCCUAGUGUCGAUACAAAAAGAUAUAAUUCAGACCAGGAAAAGUUCAAUCGCAUGUCUCCAAAAGUUGAGAAGUGCCUAACGAUCAAUUGCUUUUUCAACAUGAUGUGAGAUGAGACGUCAAUGAUACUGUUUCGUACCACAAAAAGCUGCCAUCGUGAUGCAGAGGGAUGCAGAGGGAUGCACCGAUAUUGCGCUGUAGCUCAGCUAAUAUGAUACGGC